CACGGAGCAGAGCGCAAGUGGUGCCGAAGGAAACCGGUGGUCCUUCCUACCGCCCGCCGCCGUCGCGCAGGAUCCCGUCCGUACGGCGGUUCAGUCGCGGUCCCGUGUUCGGCGCACGAGUGCACCUUGCUCGGGGCGGUUAGCGGGACACGUACGAGGGCGCCGGGAUUGCAGCGCGAGGAUCUCUCUUUGCUCUUGACGAUAGGAAUAUUGCAGCGGAAUACGGCAGUAUGAAAAUAUGCAUGUAUCCAACGAACACGAGGCGAAAGUAUAUACUCAACGAACAACGGAUCCCGGACUGAUUUGAUGACAAAUCAUUCAACGAGCUCUGAAUUUAUUUCCUCCUGGGGAAAAAUUAGCGUCACCGACGUCGGAAAGAAGAUUAAUAACAUUCCGCUCGGGAGCUGAAAGAAAAAUGAAAGACGACGCGACACUAAAUACUCGAGGAGACUUCAGAAGAAAUACGGAGGGAAAUUGUGCGCUGUCUCCGCGAACGUGGAAUACGAAUAAUCCGAGGUCGCGGUCUUGGCGUGACACGUUUACCGACUGUUAUACGAUUGCUGCGCUUUUUUAAUAAACUAAAAGGAUCGCGAGGACGAAACGACAGCGCCGAAAGAUACCGCGAUAAAAGCCAAUCCGCGGAACGGAGGACUUCAAAAGAGACACACUCAGAGAAAAAAAAGAGGCCCUCUGUCUGACUAUAUCGAGACCAUUUCUACUUGUCGUCUUAAAAGUACUUCAACGAUGUUUUCAGAUCGCGAUAAAGGAAGAUGGCCGGGGAACAACCAAAGUACAAAUUGAUCUACUUUAAUGCACGAGGACGUGCCGAACAUAUUCGCUACAUAUUCGCUUUCGCGGGCAUCGACUAUAUCGACGAGAGGAUCUCCAACGAUCGCUGGCCUGAGCUUAAGAAGUCGAUGCCUUACGGGAUGCUGCCAGUUCUGGAGAUAGACGGCAAGCCGAUAGCGCAAAGCAACGCCGUGGCGCGUUACCUGGCCCGCGAGCACAAUCUCGCGGGCAAGGACGAAUGGGAAUCAAUGCUGUGUGACGUACUGGUCGAUACCUUGGGGGACUUGAAACAAUUCAUCUUUCAAUAUCGUACAGAGGAAGAUCAUUUUAAAAAGGAGGAGAAAAAGGCGAAACUCCUGAAGGAAACAAUACCGUUCUACCUGAAUAAGUUCGAGCAAACUGUUGCCGAGAACGGUGGUUACGCGGUUGGUUCUACGACCACGUGGGCGGACUUCGUUUUCACGGUGGCGUUAGAGAACUUUGAGAACAUGUUCGGUGCGACUGCCUUGGAGAAUUAUCCGGCGUUACGCGGCCUGAAAAACCGGGUGCACGAAAUUUCAGCGAUCGCCGACUGGUUAUCCCGGCGACCUCAUUCGGAAUUCUAAAAUGUCGUUCCGGCGACCGGAAACCGGAAGACGUCAUCGACGGCAUCAAAAACAAGUACAUAUCUGACGCUUGCAGCUACUCGUUUGUGAUGCCGUCAAUGCCUGUCCUGCAUCGCCCGUGACGGCAAUCGAUUUUUAAUCGCCGGCGCGACACAAACACGAUACGCCUCAUGUCUCCUCCUUUGAAGCGCACUUUAUUUGGGUCACCUAUAUAUUUAAAAUAAUCUAAAUUUAAAAUUACGAGUACAAGUUUGUAACAAAAUAUAUUUAAAACUAAAUUCUCUCGAUUUCUUUGAAAUACUGCUCGAAUCUCGAACAGUAGAAUUUUAAAUCUCAAAUCGACUCGUCGCGAUUCUUGUUACAUACUUUCUUCUUUGUAAAUACGUUUGCUUGAAAAAUGACAGCAUUAUGUUAACACCUUUUAAUGACAAUUUACAAAUCUAGAGGUGCACACAAAAGAAACAAUUUUACAAUAUCUAAAAAUGUAACUAGAUACAGAUUCAAAAAUAAUUUUAUAUUGGAUCAUCAAAAUAAUUACGUAGGAUUUCCAGGCAUGAUAAUAUUACUGCAAAAGUUUUGACAUUCUCACAGUCAACUUAAACAUUCAGUUUAAUCUUUUUUUUAUUGUUUAACAUAAAUAUUUUUAGAUCUGCAUUUUGUUGUUGCAAAAAAAUUGUUCUUUCUGUGCAGAACAGAUUAAUAUUCGUAUAUGAGCGAAUCAUAGAGAGAAAAAAUGCACGACCUCACUUAUUAUUGUUACAACAAGAAGAAAGAGAACACCGUCGUUUUGAUUCCAUGCAGUCAACUCAAUUUUGUGCGAGUUACACGAACUUACAUAUCGCCGAUCGAUCCCAGAUCGUUUACGACGUUCGUUUUCGCACCGCUAGCAAAUUAUAUGAGCAAUGUGCGCGUAAGAUUACUGUCAAAUGGAUGUCUAGGGUACAAAUGAAGCUUGAUCAAUGUGUUCAUUUAUCGUGUGCGUUGUGUAAUGCGUGAAUGGUGCAUCGCUACUUCUUGCAACUUUGCAACUUUUAUUGCAUCGCCGAAAUUAAAUGCGACAAGGGUGCAACUCGUAAUUGAUUUUCUUUUAAAGACGAAUCAACUAAAGUGUGAAUGAAUAAGUUGUUUUAAUAUAAAGCUAAACGACUUAAGAUAAGUCGUUUUGUUCGUGCUUGUUUGUAUUCGCUCGCUCGGUCUUAAUUAUCGCUGAUUGCGAUAAUAUUACUGUUACAUGAGAUCUUGAUACUUCGUGAAAUCAUCCCUACUUGUUUUGCACAAAAUAUAUCCAGUUGGAGUUGAACGCAAUGUAAUACACAGGGUAAUAAAUGCAAUGUUGUAAGUACAUAAAAUUUUACAUGGGUAUUUUAUGUAUAGAAUUUUGCAACUGGCAAAAAAAUCCAACAAAUGCAACAAAGAAGAAUGCAAUCAAUAAGAUUGAAUGUAACGAAGAUUUGAAGUAUAAUUUACGAUAUCUUUUGCUUUUAUCAAUAACAUACGAACGAUUUUAUAAACGUGUACCUUAUAGAAUCUCGAUGUACUUUAUAAGAUCGUAUUUGAAAGAUAAUAUACGAGAAAAUGUACUUGUAAAAUAUAUGUCUCGUUGUUAAAAUGAGCCAGCGAAAAUGAUUGUAGACAUUUAAUGUAGCUACGAUGGGGGAGAUGACAAAAAGUUUUGUGCUUUCGUCGGCGCUUAAAGACGUAUUUGGGAUACGGUAACAUAGUCAAUUAUAAUUAUCAAACGAAAUCUUUAGGAGAGAAAAUUGAAUAUGUGUGUGAGUGUACAUGUUGCAACGUUACGAUGCAAUGUUAUAUGUAAUGUUAAGUGUACUGUUAAGUGUUGAGAUUACAGAGGAUGAAAUAUAAAUGUUAUUGCGAUUACAAAUGGGACAUUAUGAUUGAUAAUAAUAACGCAAUGCAAACAAAAAUAGUCCAAUUGAUUUUUAAUAUUGCAUAUAUCAAUAUCAAUAAUGUGCCUCAUUCAUAAAGUAAAAAUUUAACACUAAAAGUACCGGAUCAAACAAAUUUAGAAAAAUUAAAGGUGGCUAUUGAUUAUCUAUUAAAAACAGUUAUUCAACUGCAUAUUUUGUACAUUGAAUAUCUUGUUAAAAGUAUACUUCUCGCUUACAAACAGGUCCAGAUUAAGAAAAGGGGGGGGGGGGGGAGUUAAGGGGACUAUAGCCCCGGGCCUCGUUUGUUAGAGGACCUCACCCGAGCUAUUCAAGAAUUUUUCAUUUUCGUCAAAGAGCCCCCAUAGAGUCAAUAGCUUCGAGUCUCAAAAUACCUUAAUCCGGUCCUACAGAUCGUUAACUUUGAAAAUAGAAACAAGCAGAUAUGAUUGUUUGGUACUUCUAGUGUUAAAAAAAUCAUGCGCUUCUCACUUGAUCAUUCGUAAAAUGCGUUUACAUCAAGAUCUAUUUGUUACUCUCAUGAUUGAAUUAUUGUACUUUGUUUUAAAGUUUAUAUAAAACACACUGUGAUAAUUAUUUGGCAUUAAAAGAAAAUCUUAAAC